AUGACAGCUACGCCAUUGAAUAUUGAUGAGGGUACCUUCUCGAUAUCUAACCAUCCAAUUGCUAGCAUGGUGCAGAGCUACAUCCAUAUGCAGCCUGAAGUAGAGUAUGCUUUGUCUUCAGUCGUGGAAGAGAAAGCUCGUAGACACCUUUUGUAUAAAAUUCACAGGGCAAAAUCUAUGUCGGAAAAGUUAGCUGGGCGCAGUGGGAUGACUAGGCGCUUUUGGAUCCCACCCUGGAUGUUGUGCAUAGUCAACGCAAAAUACGAAUGCAGACGAUGCACCGGGAUGAUGCACGCAAUACUCUUCUUAAUAAACCCACUCACCCACAAAUUCAGACCUUACCCAACUAACGGCUUAAUUCUGACAGAAUGGCAUGUCGCAAAUCUUUUUAAAAAACCAAACGUUGCCACUUUUGAUUCUACCAAUCUUGAUGACAAGUGA